CACAAGUCCAAAAAACUACGAGACCAAGAAUGCAACAGUAAUACAGCCUGAGAAAAUAACGGGACAAACCUGGGUGGGGCCAGCGCAGGAAGAGGCGGGGCCGGGUGUUGUUUCCGGUGAAUGGAGCCUCCCUGUACAAAUCCCAUCAAGGUAACACUCAGUCAUAGGAAAAGGUCAUGAGCGAGCGGCUAGACGGUGGCGGACACAUGUGGGACCCUCCUGGCUCGGACGAUGAUGAUUGCCCAAUACCUUAUACAGGUAGAGAGAUUUCAUUGGAUGCGGAGAUGAGAUAUGAAUGCUUUUGGUCCGAUGAACGGAGCUGAAGAUGAGAACACCCUGUAUAUCCAGCAGUGCGGCGUCCUCCUAGAUUGUCACGACGACGAUGAGAUUUCCCAGAUAGCUCCAGGAGAAGAGAGUGAGGAAAGUUACUGUGAAUCGGAGAAGAAGGACAGCUCGCCCCACAGCGGGUCCGUGACAGCGGGCCCAAGCAGUAAAGGGGCCAGUAAACUGUCUGACAUCAUAGCCCACCUGCAGAGCCUGGCCAGUGAGCGGGAGUCGUCCCGCAGAGAGUCUAUGGAGGAGGACGUCACCUUUCAGAUGGGCGAGAGCUCCUACACCUAUGACACGCAGGGCAUUGCCUUUGAAGACCAUGGAGAGAACCUGGCCUCCCCCAGGGGGCGCUCACACUCCUCAGAUCAACGCCUUAAAGCAUUUAAGGCAAUAAAAAUCUUACAGGACACGGACUCUAAAGACAAAAAAUACAUAUGUGUAGAGUGUGGGAAAACCAGCCGGUACAAGUCGGCGUAUCUCCGGCACAAGAGGACGCACACCGGGGAAAAGCCCUUUAGUUGUACGGAUUGUGGGAAGUGUUUCCGGAGAAGCUCCCAGCUAGUGACCCACCAGAGAAUCCACACGGGCGAGAAGCCCUACACCUGUCUGCGCUGCGGAAAGAGCUUCAGCUGUAACUCCACCCUAGUGACCCACCAGAGGACCCACACGGGUGAGAAGCCUUAUAUCUGCAUUGAGUGUGGGAAGGGCUUCAUCCACAGUUCUGACUACAACCGACACCACCGUGUCCACCGUGGGGAGAAGCGCUACACGUGCAAGGAGUGCGGGAAGAGCUUCAGCCAGAGCUCCUACCUUGUCAUCCACCAGCGCAUCCACACGGGAGAGAAACCCUUUGUGUGUAACGAAUGUGGAAAGUGUUUCAGCCGCAACUCCUCCCUGGUGACACAUCAGAGGGUGCACACGGGGGAGCGACCGUACACCUGCGCAGAAUGUGGAAAGAGCUUUCGCCAAAGUUCCCACCUCCUCAUCCACCAGAGGACGCAUACUCCAGACAGCCACCUGGCGCUACGUGCCAUGAUGUGAGAGUCACGCACAGUGUUGCUGAUGCUGACAGUGGUCAGAGACGACUAUUGGGGUCACUCCCUUCCAAAGAUGAUCACAUAGGAAAGAAGAAACUCUCAUAUGGCCCCAAUCUGUCAAGGGCCCCUACUACCCUGAUAGACUACUGAGGUCCAGAACUUUAUGGUGCUAAUGGAGAUGUAUAGGAGAUCCCCCCAGCUUCCCCUCUCCCCCUCACCAUGGUUGCCAUUACGUUCCUAGUAGUGCACUCAUUUUUGGCCAUCUGGUGGAACAGACAGAACUUCUGCCCCCUCCCCCACCUCUUACCUCCCCCACUAUUUAUACUUGAUGGUUAACUUGGAGGCUUGAGCCUGUGUGCAGCCUCGGGUGGAGUCGCUCUGUAGUCCUGAUUGCAUGCCGCUAUCUCCGCCUGUGUACCAUGUCUUCUCCAGUUUGUCCCAUAAGUCUUUGCUGCUUUACAUGAUAGAUUCCAUACUCUGGGCCUUUAUGUUGGGAUGUCAGGGGGACAUUCCUACAAGUUCUCACGUGUCCCUUCCUGAUGGCAGCAGAUAGUGCUGAUCGUUCGGGAGGAUAUGGACCUUGUUCCUGCAGGUGUCCAGCGCAGAAGGCGGUUCUUGUCCCUGUAUAUGUCCCUGUGCAUGCCACCACUUGCAGACAAUAUGGCGUCUUGUCGCAGCCUUUUCUGUGUACUAGAGCUGUGCCCACAGCUGGGUAUGUAAUCCAGUGAUGUUCUUCAGGAUUGUGGGAGGCUGUGUGUCCAUGUCUUCUCCGUCUAUGCCGAUGUCUGAUGGCGUGAUCUAUGUGUAGGAGGGGACACACCACGACGGCUCCAGUAUACACACCCGGCCCACGCUCCAUUCAUGGUAGAUGGACACGUCUCCGGUGUUCUCCAGAUAUUGUUGUAGCAGAACAUAAACACAAUCAUGAUCCUGCAAUGUGGUCCUCGAGGGCCUGGUCGAGGACAUUAUUAGCUGCGGCUCCGGUCUAGAGUGAAGGAUCCCCACACAUGACACUAUUAUUUAUAUGACUAGUUACCCGUAGAGUGCGGUGAACACUACGCCCGGCCCCUCGCCCGCUCUACGUCUGAUGUUUUCUCUCAAGCACUUUUUAUACUGUGACUGUUGUAUCAUUAAAUAUGUGAAACCUCCCAGAGUCC